CGCAGGGCGGCUCGGCGGAGUCGGCUGUCGGCCCCGCUGCGGCAGCCUGCUCCUCCCGCUCGCCGCCGCCCCCGGGCGCCCGGAGCAGGGCCGGCAGCUCGCGGCGCGGCGGCCCCCGGAGACGGGAAAGUUCCCGGCGCGAGCGCCGAGAUGCCGGGCAGCGACACGGCGCUCACCGUGGACCGGACCUACUCCGACCCGGGCCGGCACCAGCGCUGCAAGAGUCGGGUAGAGCGCCAUGACAUGAAUACCCUAAGCCUGCCCCUGAACAUACGCCGAGGCGGGUCAGACACCAACCUCAACUUCGAUGUACCCGAUGGCAUCCUGGACUUCCACAAGGUCAAGCUCAAUGCGGACAGCCUGAAACAAAAAAUUCUAAAGGUAACAGAGCAGAUCAAAAUCGAGCAGACGUCCCGGGAUGGGAAUGUUGCAGAAUAUCUGAAACUAGUCAACAGCGCUGACAAGCAGCAGGCUGGUCGUAUCAAACAAGUCUUUGAGAAGAAGAAUCAGAAGUCGGCUCACUCCAUUGCCCAGCUGCAGAAGAAAUUAGAGCAGUAUCACAGGAAGCUCAGGGAGAUCGAACAGAACGGAGCCUCCAGAAGCUCCAAGGACAACCUGAAGGAUAUCCAGCACUCCCUGAAAGAUGCCCAGGCCAAGUCUCGAACUGCUCCGCACAGCAUGGAGAGCAGUAAGUCAGGCAUGCCAGGCGUCUCCCUCACUCCGCCUGUAUUUGUCUUCAAUAAGUCCAAAGAGUUUGCCAACUUGAUCCGGAAUAAGUUUGGCAGCGCAGACAACAUUGCUCACUUAAAAAAUUCCUUAGAGGAGUUUAGGCCCGAGGCGAGUGCCAGGGCCUAUGGGGGCAGCUCAACCAUCGUAAAUAAACCCAAGUAUGGCAGCGACGACGAGUGUUCAAGCGGCACAUCGGGCUCCGCCGACAGUAAUGGGAACCAGUCAUUCGGGGCCAGCGGAGCGGGCACACUGGACAGCCAGGGGAAGCUCACCAUGAUCCUGGAGGAAUUGAGGGAGAUCAAGGAUACCCAGGCACAGCUGGCCGAGGACAUCGAGGCCCUGAAGGUGCAGUUUAAGAGAGAAUACGGUUUUAUUUCUCAGACCCUGCAAGAGGAGAGAUACAGGUACGAGCGACUGGAAGACCAGCUCCAUGACCUGACGGACCUGCAUCAGCACGAGACGGCCGACCUGAAGCAGGAGCUGGCCAGCAUCGAGGAGAAGGUGGCCUACCAGGCGUACGAGCGCUCGCGGGACAUCCAGGAAGCCUUGGAAUCCUGCCAGACUCGCAUUUCUAAGCUGGAGCUCCACCAGCAGGAGCAGCAGGCUCAGCAGACAGACACGGCGAACGCCAGGGUUCUCCUGGGGAAGUGCAUCAACGUGGUGCUGGCCUUCAUGACCGUCAUCCUGGUGUGUGUGUCCACCAUCGCCAAGUUCGUCUCGCCCAUGAUGAAGAGCCGCUUCCACAUCAUUGGCACCUUCUUUGCUGUGACUCUUCUUGCAAUAUUUUGUAAAAACUGGGACCAUAUUCUGUGUGCCAUAGAAAGAAUAAUAAUACCCAGAUGAAGCCGCUGGCUCCCGUCUUCAAGGGUCUCCUGGUUUUUAGUUUAAAGAGAACUCUGUGCAUACUACCAAAUUUUAACGUGAGCAGUCGUGCCCAUGAGGAUUACCAGAAGGAUGGGACUGUGUUGUAAAUAAGUACAACUCUCUUAUCUCGGCAGCGUUUGCCAGCUCAGUCCCCGUCCCUGGUCAUGUGAAUCUGUUCCGAGCUCCCAUGUUACUCACUGCCUUAAUCAGACCAGAUGUCCCGCCCAGCUGACUCGCCCAGCACGGUAGACCUCUGGUCAUUGAGCACUCGGCGUAAUUGGUGACUCAGAAGAAAAGGGAAUUUCAGUUCCCUCAUAUCUCUAUCAGAAAUGAGCUCACCAUUUAGUGGUCACGUUUUCCCUGAGUCACAUAGCAGCAAAGAUGUGGCACGACUCGGGGAAGGGGAGAAGGACAGGCGUGGACCAUGUGGACCCCUCACGGCCUGUGGAAGUCCAGUAAACCCCGUGUAAUCCGUCCCACAGUGGAUCGUAGGUCCCAGGUGUGCCCAGCAUCCACAGUGCUCAAUUGUGUGUGGCUCUCUGUAACAUGGAAAUCUUUUUACACACCUGUUUAUCCAUCCCAAGUCUAACUAGUUGUUCUGUUGCACUUUACAUGGUGAGACAGGAGGAUGUGUGAAUGGGACUUGUGCCUUUUCAUACCCACGGAGCCGUCCACCUGAUUCCAUCUGAACUGGCUAUCGAAUGCCCAGCCUCCAAAGCAGACAGAAAUGCUUCCAAACCCCUCAUCAGGCUGCGGCUUUAACAUCAGUUUGGGGUCCUGUCAGCACUACUGCAGAGGCUUGGGAUUCAACAAACCUUAAUUGUGAUAAACCCCCUGUGAGGGUGUGAUUCACUUUGUUCGCAGGUCUGUGAGGGGUUUGAAGCUUACUCAGUAAACGGAAACACAUGAUGCAGGGGGUUUCUUUAAGAAGGAAAACUGAAUCAUAAUUUAUAAAGCUGAAGUGUACUCGGGUAGGAACACUGGAAGCAGGAGGAAAUACGACACGGCAGCUAGAUCGAUGGGCGCAGUUCACCUGGAUGAAGAGUGAGAGGAUCCUGAAAGACCAGCAGGAAUAAGAUAAAUUAGGUGCAGUGUCUGAGCCAAGGGUGCCAUCUGUCUCCUGGCAUCUCACUGAAAAUAACUCCUAGGAUAACCGAGUGGCCACAUGCCCCUGAGGUAGCAGCAUCCAAAAGUUAGCAUCCCAGGCCUCUUUGGGGGAUGCCACUCACUGUCUUCAGCCCAGUGAGACUUUCCUUUAAAUGGGCUGCUCUCUGUACAUGAAAGGAAGAGGUGGGAGAAUGUUAUGGGAACUGCUCUCUAGCCCCUCUUCCCACCACCCACUCUGUUAUCUGAAGACACAAGAUGCAUGUUAGUGUACAUUUUCUUCCAGAAAGCUUCAAAUUGCCUGGGUAUAAAUUAAGUGCAAUAUUUUGCAAAGAGCUGCUUUUAGGGAAAUCUCGUGAAAGAAAUGUGACAGUGCCAUGGUUUGAGAGAAUGGAAUAGUCGAGCAUGUGGCACAAGUCCAGUGCGCGUGAGACUCAUACAACUCAAGCUUUUGUUUUAAGUUUACAAUUCAGUGGUUCUAAUCAGUUCACAAACUCAUACAAUUGUCACCAUUAUCUAAUUCCAGACUCAAGCUUUUUAAAACAAUAAACAUGAUUUCAUGAAAUCGUUGGCUAGAGAAUAUUUUGGAUUCAGGGAAGAGGGCCCACCCCAUCUCAUGGCCGUCUCCUUUCGCUAUCAGACUCGCCCUGGGUCUCCCAAGUUGGCUGCUAACAAUACUGUGAUCCAUCCUAUCCAGGGGACAGAAACAGGUUCCAAGUCUAGGGGAGGCAGGGAGAGGAAUGGUGUGCUUCCUUUUGCCUUUAUGUUUUCAUGGCCAGCAUUCCCCUUUACCUGUGGGCAUCAUGUAAGGCUCUGGGAGGGGCUAGGAAGACAUCAGCCUCCUCCUGCCACCACACUCACUCCGUGGCUCAGCCCAGCAAGCUUGCAGGGACUUCCCCGGCCUGCGAUCUGUGCGUCCCCCACAGUGAAAAGUGAAAGAAGGGGGAAGCAGCACACUCCGGCCCUCCGGUCUGGAGCAGUUAACAAGCUGCUAGAAACGCUCUGUUUGAAACAGUGUGGCAUCUAAUUCAUUGCACCUCAUCAUGAAUUCUUUUUCCAGAAUUCCUAUUUUCGGUGACUCUCAUUAAACAUCGGAUAAGCUUGUUUUUACUUGGAUAUGUUCAACCUACACGGCAUAUUUAUUUUAGUGUCUUGUUGGAAGUUCAUGAAGCUUUCUAAUAAGAUGACAUACCCCAAGGAGACUCUUCUUUUUCUCUUCUUAUGGAAUAAACCCUCCCACUGCAUGAGGAAAUUAAAUAAAAUUUUAUAAGUAUACAAUGAAAAGUAGUAAUCAAGCUAUGACAUAUGCUGGAAUUGGAUAUUUAACUGACAUUUAAGUCAACUAAUCCCUUUUCAACACCUUGCAUUGGUAGUAAACAUCUUGUACAUACCUACUGAGGAGGAAAGCCAGCUGGGUGGGUGAGCGCCUGCUCAUGCCGUGAACUGAUUGAGUGGUUUUGGGUGCUGACAUUUUGGGUGAGAUUAUUUUCAUGAUCACCAGGACGAUACUUAGCUGAGGACAAAACAAAAACCUAAAAAUACUCCCUGGUGGGUUUUGAAUUGGCUAUUCAGCUUAUAUUUUGAAUAUGAUUAAGCCAGAACAAAAGACCCUCCCCCCAAAAGUAAAUAAAUAAAUUCAAUCCUACAGUGAGGCAGUAAAUAAAAGUACCCCAUUGCAGAUUUGGGGCGGUGAAAGUCUAGCGUGUCCCGUUAGUGGUUUUACUCAUGCUCGCUAUCAUCUCUUGGUAGAUGGAAUCUUCUGGAAACCCCCCCCCCUUUUCAUUUCAGCCCAUCGUGCUGCUAUCCCUCUCUGUCACUUAGCAUCUGUGUGAUUUUAGCCCCUCUCCUGCUUUGUCAUUCUUGUUUUCAUUGAAAUACUGCUCCACUGUGUGUGUUCACUGCCCAGCCGUUCUAUCUAGUGAAUCAGGUUUAAUUAUGGGUUCAGUGAUAGGGAUGGAAACUAGCUUCCCUCGGGCAACUAAUUACUUUUGUCCUCUUCUUUUGGAUUUUAAAUACCAAAUUAUUUUGCAUUGAAUGGGAACAUUUUUUUGUAUUGAAUCCAAAUAUAGUUGUAUUGGUUUGAAAAAAAACAUUUAAUUAUACUUAUUAAUGUGGACAUGUGUGAUUAACCUAUUUUGCAUAUUUCUAUAAUUCUGAGGAACUGGUGGUGGGAUAAAGUGGCAUUAUUUAAAAUUCAGGGCUUUAUCUGGAGAGAAGUAUUUCAAGAAGUUUAGCACAUGUACUAAGGAAAGAGUUACUAAAAAAAUAAGCCACUGAAAACAAUGAGAUUGGCCUGUUUACAUCAGAAGUAGUUAAGAAGCUAAAAGAAAAAGGUAGUUCAUAAGAGUUUAAUAACCCAUAAGAUAUAAAGCAGGACUAACCUAUAACUUUCUAAAGGAAGUACAGUUUCUCUGUUUAUAAGAAGCUGGAAAGCCAUGUACCUGAAUUGUUUUAGGAAUGAUUUAUGCGUUGCAGUUUUAACUCGUGUGUUAUUUAAAGCGUGUCUCCCGCUGUGCUUGUCCUAAGAGAAACGUUUCAACAAAACGUGCUCCGUGUUUAAGACGUGUUUGGGCGCCAGUCACUGGCUCUGAAAGUACAAACUGGAAAUGCUUACUGUGAGACCCACUGCAUAAUUAACACUUUGUGGAAUACUGCACAGUUUCAUGUCGGCCUAAAAUUGUAAAUCCUCUGUAGAUCUUCACCCCAUUCAAAGCAGGUGCCAUUAUUUUUUUAAAUAAACACUUGAUGUUAGCUUUGAAGUUAAAUAAAGAGCUAGAUUUCUUAAAUUUUCA